AUGGAAAGUGAGAGUGACAAUAGCGAUAGUGACACUUCUGAUGAAGAGUUAGAUAUGAGGAUACAUUUGCAAUUGCGAGGGCCUCAACGCAAACCUACAAGAAUUCAUCAGCUUUACAAGAAUAUCAGUGUAAAAUCUCACAUACCAGUUAGAAAACAAUUGCUUGCAACUCUUUGGUUGUUAGCUACACCAGAUUCUUACAGAUCUGUAGGAGAAAGGUUCGAUAUGAGCAAAAGCUCAUUAAGUGUCAGUUUCAUGAGAGUUAUACAAGCCUUGAAUAAUAUCGCUGGAGAUGUCAUACGAUGGCCAAGAGGGAAAAGAUUAACAAUAGUGAAACAGAAAUUUCAGAAGUUGUCAGUGCUACCUGACAUAAUUGGAGCUAUAGAUGGUAUUCACAUUUCUAUAAAAAAUCACAUUUAUGCUAUUAUACUGCAAGCUAUAUGUGACUCUGAGUUGGUAUUUCUGGAUUGCUUUACAAGUUAUCCAGGAUCUGUUGGUGAUAUAAGGGUGUUCAGAAAUUCUGAUCUUUGGUCGGAAGUGCAAAGAAAUAGACAGUUGUAUUUUCCUAAUGAGAAAUACAUCAUUGGUGACAAGGCUUACCCUGUAUUAUGUUGGUGUAUUUCUGGUUUUCGUGAUCGUGGUAAUCUACAGCGCAUUUUUCUUUUGCAGGCUCAAAAGAGAUUUAAUGACAUACUGUCAAAAGUUAGGCAAGUCAUUGAACGAGCGUUUGCAUUGUUGAAAGGACGAUUUCGGAGGCUAAAAUAUUUAGAUAUGAAUAGAAUGGACAUGAUCCCCUUUGUGAUAAUUGCUUGCACAGUUCUUCACAAUAUCUGCCUUGAAGGACUUGAUGAAGGCAUAGAAGAAUAUAUUUUAGAAGGUUGGGAAAAUGAAGUCCAUGUUGUUUGA